AUGGCUUUUAGGGCAAGAGCCAUGGCAAAAGAUAAGGUUGAAGGGUCAUUCAAGGAUCACUUUAGAAUACUUCAUGAUUAUGGUCAUGAGUUGCUGAAAACAAAUCUAGGUACAACAGUACAAAUUAAAGUUGAUAACAGUAAUGGUGAGGUCAUAUUCCAAAGAUUUUAUGCAUGCUUGAAGGCAUGCAAGGAUAGCUUCAUUUGUUGUAGACCUAUUAUUGGGUUGGAUGGAUGCUUUUUGAAAGGCAAGUAUGGAGGGGAGUUACUAAUAGCAGUGGAAAGAGAUGGAAACGACCAAAUGUUGCCCAUAGCAUAUGCUGUUGUUGAGGUAGAAAACAAAGAGUCGUGGACUUGGUUCUUGGAGCAUCUAAUUGAGGACCUUGGUGGGGCAGUUGUAUGUGCAGGAUGCACAUUUAUUUCAGACCAACAAAAGGGUCUUUUACCAGCUAUCCAAGAUCUUCUACCUGGUGUAGAACAAAGAUUUUGUGUUAGGCAUUUAUAUUCAAACUUUAGAAAAACAUUUCCUGGAAAAAAUCUUAAACGUCUCAUGUGGAGGGCAGCAACAACCACACAUCCACAACAACGGGAGGCUGAAAUGAGGAAUAUGAAAGACAUAAAUUUAGACGCAUUUAAAUAUUUGCUUGUCAUCCCACCUAGGUUUUGGUCAAGAUCUAGAUUCACCUCUAGAUCACAAUGUGACACUCUUGUGAACAACAUAUGUGAGGCCUUUAAUAGUGUGCUAGUUGAUAGUAGGUUUAAGCCUAUUAUUAGCAUGUUAGAAGACAUUAGGGUUUAUAUAAUGAAGAGAUGGGCUGCCAACAGGACAAAGAUGACAUCAUAUCAAGGUUCAAUCUGCCCCAAGAUUUUUAACAGAUUUCAGAAGGAGUCUUGGCUAACUAGAUAUUGGUUACCAAGGUGGUCAAGAGAAAAAUUAUUUGAAGUGAAACAUGUUUCACAAUUUGGCCAGCAAUUUGUUGUGAAUGUUGACAACAUUGACUGCACAUGUAGAAAAUGGGCAAUUACUGGCAUUCCUUAUAUAUUACCACCAAAGAAGAGGACAAUGCCAGGAAGGCCCAAGAAGAAACGAAGACUGGAGGAUUGGGAGUUGAAGAAGAAUAACAGUGAAUUAAGAAAGGGUGGGCACAGGAAAAAAUGUGCCAUCUGUAAAGAACUUGGACACAACAAAAAAGGUUGUCCACAAAGACCUCCAAUAGUAGAGGUUCCUACUGCCCAAUCUGUAGAAGUCACCCAACCUCCACCAAUAGAUGUUCCAAUAAUUCAAGAGUCUACUAUGCUUGGUAUGACCAAUGUCCUGAACAACCACAACUCAGCCAACCUUCAGCAACACAAGUUCCUAUUACUCACGAAACAACUAUGCCUGUAUGUGAUGAAUGAUCUAAUGUACUGA